AUGGAAUUAUCUGUGUUGUUAGUUGACAGUGAUGCCGAUUUCCUGCUUCAGACCGCCGCGUCGUUGCAGCUCUUUUCGCAUAAAGUUAUUGCAGUGGAGCAGAUUUCAAGUGCUUAUUCGAUAUUAUCAAGAAAUGAUAUAAAGUUUGAUGUUUUGAUGAUUGACCUUAACCUAUGUGGAUUAAGGUUCUUACAAGAUGCUACAGAUAUGGGUUUAACAGUGAUAUUGGUCACUACCGAUGCAAAUUCUGCUGUAGUCAAGACUGUGAUACAAGAUGGGGCAUUUCUUCUCAUGGAAAAACCUAUUUUACAUGAAGAUUUGAAGUACCUAUGGCAACAUGUGUUUAGAGAGAAAACACAAAAGGAUAAGGUUAAUGUAGACACAAGUGAAGCCAUGAUGGCUACAGUAGAAAAUCCGUCGAAAGACAAGGCAAUUAUUGAAGAAUCAAGUGCUGAGUAUAUCCAUAUCGACUCGAACAAGAAUGCUACUGAUCAUAGAGGCACCUCGCGGACCACAGCCAAACCAUAUGUCCAAUGGACUCCGGAACUUCAUCAGAAGUUCGAGGAUGCCAUUAAGCAACUUGGCGAUGGAAGAUGCUUCCCAAAACACAUUCUGGAGAUAAUGAACGUUCCUGGACUAACAAGAUUGCAAGUAGCUAGUCAUCUUCAGAAAUGCAGGAGCGAUGGUAAGCUGCCUUAUCAAGAGAAAGAAACAACCAAUCCCGACUAUUCGAUGUAUCCAUUCUCUAGGCUAAAUCGCGCAAAGACAACGAGGUUCGGAUUAGCCCCGAAAAUAUCAAAUGAGAACAACAACCGGCAAGCUGAACAAGUGCCUAGAGCAACCACAAGUAACAACGUUGGAUCUUUGCAAAACAUGGGACAACAAAAUAUCAUUAAUCCUGCAAUUAAUGAGAUCAUUCCCAACCAAAAUUUGCUUGGAAAUAUGAUUGGCUCGAUCCAUGUGGGAACCCCCUUGCUGCAGCAGCAGCAGCAUGUUGUUGCAACAGCAGAUUAUGAACAGAUUGCAAACACCUUGGAUUUGCAGCAACUUGGGUUUGGCUAUGGCUCCUAUGCUGCCCAGGUUAGUCAAUCAAUUUAA